GUGUGCUGGAUGUAUAGUUAAUGAAGACUGGUUGGCAGCUUGCUGUUAAACUCAAGCUCCGCCUGCCUGCUUUCAAAAAAAUCGGUUCGCGUCCACAACCGCGACUCUCCCUCCUUCGGCACGCUAUGAAUGCCAUUCAUCCGCUUGCAAAGGAGACGGUCCGAUUCCUCAACAGCGGGCAGGUUAUAACUGAUCUCUCUACCAUUGUGAAAGAGCUAGUCGAAAAUGCUCUUGAUGCUAAUGCUAGUUCCAUCGAAGUCAAGUUGGUUGACUAUGGUCUUUCUGCUAUAACUGUCAAGGAUAAUGGAUCAGGUAUCCCAGAGUCCGACCGCAAGCAGAUGGCCAAACGAUUCUGUACCUCCAAGCUAGAAUCGUUUGAAAGCUUAAACUCGGUAUUGAGUUAUGGAUUUCGAGGUGAGGCGUUGAACUCAAUAUGUGCUGUUUCCAAAGAAACACAAAUCGUUACCAAAACGAAGGAGGAUGCUGUAGCCAAGCUGUAUGAAUUGGAUGUCACCGGUUCCAUCGUUAGCGAAAAAUCAAAUGUAGGAGGCAUAGGGACGACCGUCACUGCAAAGAAACCUUUCUACAAUAUCCCUGUUCGUCGACAACUGGCACAAAAGAAUGCUCCUCAAACCGCGUCAAAGAUACAGGAUCUUUUGAUCGCUUAUGGCCUAGUUCAUCCCAAAGUUCGUUUUGUGCUUCUUCAUACACAGGAAACAGUUGGAAACAAGAAAAAACCGCAAAAUUGGAUCAAGCCUGCUGUAGCGGAUCAAAUGGAGGAUGUCAAAGUCAUCUUUGGCAAAACUUUAGCUGAUAUGCUCGAUCACGUCUCCAUUGAGGAAGCAUACAAUACGGGCGAUAUUGAUAAUCCGCAGGAAGAAGCAGAAAAUUUGGACGAUGAAGCUAUCCGGUUGGAUGCUGUGCUUCCGAUUAAAGGUUCAGAUCCCAUCAUUGUUUGCAAAGGCGACCAUGUUUAUAUCUACAUCAACAGUCGACCAAUACAAGCUUCCAAGUCUGACCUGAAAGAGCUGUUAUCACUAGCGGAGUAAAUGCUCUUACUAAUACUGUCAGUGUGC